CCGAGCGGGGAGGAAACUGGGCCGGAGGGCGCGGCGCAGUGCAUCUUGGGUCGGCGUAGCCAUGGCGGCUCGUGUCCUUUCCGCUUGUGUCCGCCGACUGCCCGCGGCCUUCGCGCCGCUGCCCCGGGUUCCCACGCUGGCCGCAGCCCGGCCGCUCAGCAUCACCCUGUGCCCCGCGGGGGCCCGGACGAGGCCUGGGGCUCCGCCGACAGCCUCGGCGCCUGCGCAGGUCCCGCUGACACAGCUGUGCCGCCAGUAUAGCGACGCACCUCCUCUGACGUUAGAGGGGAUCAAGGACCGUGUUCUUUAUGUGUUGAAACUUUAUGACAAGAUUGACCCAGAAAAGCUCUCAGUAAAUUCCCACUUUAUGAAAGACCUGGGCUUAGACAGUUUGGACCAAGUGGAAAUUAUCAUGGCCAUGGAGGAUGAAUUUGGGUUUGAAAUUCCUGAUACAGAUGCGGAGAAGUUAAUGUGUCCACAAGAAAUUGUAGAUUACAUUGCAGAUAAGAAGGAUGUAUAUGAAUAAAAUAUCAGACCCCCUUUUUUCACUGAGAGAAGAGUUGGAAGAUGCUGGCGAGUGUCUGGAAGUGAGAACGCGUUUUGGCAUUAUUGCUGCCUUUGACAGAGUAAUUCUGUUUAGACUUGUAUUUAAAUUGUCUGUUUUUUCCUUUGAAAAUAAAUCUAUAAAGCCAACAUUU